AUGAGCAAACAGGCUGAGAUUGGCACCAUGGGCGAGGUGGUUGCCGAGACCGCCAGUGACGAUGUCGUCCUGGGUGAGAAGGCGGGAACAUCGAGGGAUGUGGAGGAUAUGAAGCGUAUGGGCAAAGAACAAUUGUUCAAGCGCAACUUUGGUUUUUUGUCCAUCUUCGGCUUCGCCAUGAUUCUGAUGCAAACCUGGCAAGCGCUGCUCGGAACUAUUGCCUUUGGUCUUGGUAAUGGUGGAACAGCGGGUCUGAUAUAUUUGUACAUCGUCGUCGUGGUUUUCUUUACCCUGGUCAACAUCUCAAUGGCUGAGAUGGCUUCCAUGGCUCCGACAGCAGGUGGCCAAUACCAUUGGAUCUCGGAAUUUGCGCCCCGGAGUCGACAAAAGCUCCUCUCGUUUAUCGUUGGCUGGCUCUGUACUCUCGGCUGGCAGAGUGGUGUGUCGAUUGGUUGCUUUUUGGCAGCCACCGAGAUCCAAGGCCUGAUUGUCCUCAACAACGACUCGUAUGUCUAUGAGCGAUGGCACGGCACUCUCCUCACCAUUGCCAUUGUGCUCUUUGUCGCCUUUUUCAACACCUUCCUCGCCAAACAUCUGCCUCUGGUCGAGGGUAUGGUUCUCUGUUUGCAUAUUGGCGGUUUCAUCUGCAUCCUUGUUCCCCUCUGGGUUCUGGGCCCUCGUGGAAACUCGCACGAGAUCUGGACAGUCUUUGAAGACGGCGGCAAUUGGGGUUCAACCGGUCUCGCAACACUGGUCGGUAUCAUCACGCCUGCCACCGCAUUCCUUGGUGCCGACGCUGCCGUGCACAUGGCCGAGGAGCUGAGGAACGCUUCCAAGACCCUGCCGAGGGUCAUGCUCUGGACUUCGAUCGUCAACGGUAGCCUGGGUUUCAUUAUGCUCAUUACUUUUUGCUACACCCUAGGCGAUCUGGAGGAUGUCCUCUCGACUCCAACCGGCUUCCCUUUUAUUCAAGUCUUUUACAAUGCGACUGGCUCCAAGGGUGGUGCCACGGCCAUGUCAUGCAUCCUCGUUCUAUCGGCAGUGGCCAACGGCAUGACCAACAUGGCCACGGCGUCUCGCCAACUGUUCGCAUUUGCUCGUGACAAGGGUCUUCCCUUCCACACCUGGUUUGCCAGGGUCGACAGCCGGUUCGAAGUGCCAAUCAACUCUGUCCUUUUCACCGUCACCUUCUCCGUCCUCUUCUCUCUCAUCAACAUCGGCUCAACCGUCGCCUUCAACCAGAUUCUGUCUCUGGGUGUCGCAUCCUUGUUGUCAUCCUACUUCAUCUCCAUUGCCUGUGUUGCCUGGCGCCGAGUCGCCAAUCAACCGCUGCUCGACCGAGUUUUCGACCUCGGCCGAUUUGGAAUUCCCAUCAACUUUGCCGCCCUUGCCUUCCUCCUUCUGACCUUGGUCAUGAGUUUCUUCCCCGGAGGAGCCAACCCGACGCCACAAACGAUGAAUUGGUCUUCGCUGGCGUACGGAGCUGUGCUGAUCCUCGGAGGUAUCUACUACAUCUUCUGGGCCCGACACCACUAUGUCGGACCUGUGGAAUAUGUCCGCAAGAGUGCUUAA